UCAAUUAAUUAUAUCUUCAAAAAAGACGUUUAUUUUAGCGCUUCAGGCAAUUGUUAUUCGUUAUCUUUGCUGACUAUUAUGCAGAAUAUAACAUCGCAGUAACGAAAAAUGGUUACUCAAAUUUGAGAAAAAGAUGCCAGAGAUAUACUCGGAGGUUCUCAAGUGCAAACCCAAACUAGCAAAUACAGCCACAAAAAUUUUGGUGAUUGCUUGUAUUUUUACAAUUAUGUUCUACGUUUACGGCUCCAUUCAGUUGACGUGGUUGCAGUUUCCAGUAAAAGAAUUUCCAUCUACUAAUGUAGAACUCGAUAAUGAACUGAAACACCAAGUGGAUGAAAUUUACAGCAAACAUUGGAAUUUAUUCUCUGGAAUCCAGGUUGAUAAAAUAAAUGAUACAGUGAAGUCACGAACGCAUAGCAGUAUUGCUGAUGAAGGAAGCCAAACACAUAAUGAUUCGGGUUUCGUUUUACUGUCGCAAACGGCUAAAGUUUUUGGCCUAACCGAAAAGGCCAAACUUGAUUUUGAACCUACCUCAACACCAAAAACAACAACGGUAGAAGAUGAAAUUACUACAGGCUUUACUAUUAUAUAUGAUGAAACAACACCAAGAGAAAUCGAACUUACGAAUGAUACGAAUCUUGUGACCACCGAAGAUCCAGAUGAAUUUACGAUGCCCGAUUCAGCCGUUUCUGAAAAUACGACACCGAUAACAACGACGACCAAGAAACAUCCAAAUAAAAAAAUGCACGAAAAAAAUAUAGAGACUACGGCAAAGAAAGUACAAAAAGACCCUGAUCGAUAUAGCACAGUUGUGCAUGUUUUCAAUCCACAAGAUAAAGCGAGAAAUAAAAUGAGAAAAGACGUUGGCGAGAUUUUUAGUAAAAGACGAAGAAACUUAAGAAAUUAUUGUGGGCCGAAUAAAGGCUGGAUGUGGUCGGAUGCAAUGCAAAUGUUAGCGGUACCGGAACGUGAUUUUGUGGUAUGUACAGUACAAAAAGCUGGAAGCACUUCCUGGCACAAACUGGUUCACGAUAUGCGAUUUCCAGACCAGCAAUGGGACGGACUCCGAAUAAAAAACUGGCAGUAUGCAACUGAGCUCGAUAAGUCGACAAGACGCAGACUGAUCCAUUCUAAGAACUCAGUCAGAGUUAUCACUGUCAGGCAUCCAUUUGCGAGGCUGGUAUCAGCAUGGAAUAAUAAAUUUCACAAAGAUUAUGUCCAGCAGAAUGGAAACAAGAUGAUGAAUUCCAUGCCCGGCUUGAAAGCUUAUGUUCAGAAGCAUCCUCCGGAUAAAGAUCAUGUGAUAGCAUUUGAGGACUUGGCACAAUACGUGGCCGAUGUUGGAUUAGAUGAAGUUGACGUUCACUUGAAAUCCAUCAGCGAACUGUGCAGUCCGUGUAUGUUUCCAUAUGAUUACAUCAUCAAGGCAGAAACUGCCCCAGAAGACUCUUGGUUUGUUACAGAAAAAAUGAAUGCAACGCUAAACAGUUUUUCAAGGCAUGUUCCAAGCUCAGUAAAUUUGCCUGUCAAGGGUACAACUACUGCAGAAGAGAGACAAACAGACGAGGCUAGAGUGAUAUCUCGUCUUUUCCGAAAACUACCUCGCGCAACGACGCGUGUCUUGAAACAGUUGUAUGCAAACGACUUUGACGCGUUUGGUUAUACUUUCGAUAUUAGCACUCUGCUGGCGGGUGGCUUGGCAUGAACUUUUGAGGGCGAUUGCUGAGUAACUUCAAAAUUUACAUGUUCUAAAACAGAUGAGCACGCUCCGGAAUCUUACAGAUUCUGAAUGCCACAGAAAAAAAAGAGGAUUGCGAACAAGACGAUAUCACGAAGAACUGUGUAUUAAAUAUAAUAUCACACCUACACUGUGAAUAACUUUCGGUUUGAAGACUUGCACGUCCACAUUGAAUUGUCACAAAUUCAUCCUAUUGUUUCAAAUCAAAGAUUGAUAACCACUACUGACUAUAUAAUAAUCAGCCAUUAUACCUUGACAAUAAAUGAUUAAUUUCUGCAAA